UUUGACGUCAUCACGGCGCGCCUCCAGCUUCCUGUGUGUUCAAGCUCCGCGCGGGCCGAGCUGUGUCCUCACGGCUGGAGCGCGCGCGCUCUCUGUCUCCUCUCCCUUCCGUCAUGUUCCCGGCCGUCUCUUCUCCGCGAACGCCAGGGCCCGGGGGCCGAAGAGGCCCACUGGGCGGAGUCGGUCCGGGCUCCACGCCCCGGGCGUCAGGCAGGAAGGGCCUGCCCCUGGGGUCUGCGCUCAGCUCCCCAGUGCUCUUCUCACCGGUCGGCCGGCGUAGCUCUCUGAGCUCGAGAGGAACACCUACGCGAAUAUACCCACACCAUUCCAGGACCGAGUCGGUGAACUAUGAUGUGAAGACGUUUGGAUCUUCUCUUCCUGUGAAGGUCAUGGAAGCCCUGACGCUGGCUGAAGAUGACGAUCAGCUGACAGUUCACAUCGAUGAAGGUGGAUGGGCUUGUCUGGUCUGCAGAGAGAAACUCAUUAUCUGGAAGAUUGCUCUGUCGCCUGUUACCAAGCUCUCUGUGUGCAAAGAACUUCAGCUGCCACCCAGCGACUUCCACUGGGGUGCUGACUUGGUGGCGCUGUCUUACUCUGCUACCUCUGGUGACACUCAUUCUACUCAGGCUGUUGCUGUGUUGGCCGCCACUACGGAAGGCGUCCUCCGCUACUGGCCAAGCCUGGCCGCAGAGGGCACCUUCACCGAGGCCACCGUGGGCGCGGGCGGCGACAAGGCCUACCGGUUCCUGACCGCAGUGCAGGGAGGCAGCUUCGUCUUGUCCUCCGCGGGAGGCCAGCUGGUCCGGCUGACGCCUGACGGCUCGGGCAGGCUCCACCAGCACGUGCUGCCGCAGGGCCAGGGCGUGCUCUCGGGGCUCGGCCGGAAGGUCUCCUCUCUUUUGGGAAUCUUGUCGCCUAGCAGUGAUCUCACGCUUUCAGGCGUCCUUUGGGAUCGAGAGAGGUCGAGCUUUUACAGCCUGACGAGCUCGAACGUCAGCAAGUGGGAGCUGGACGAAUCCUCGGGGAGGCUGGCGCUCAGCUGGGACGUGAACAGGGUCCUGAAGGAGAGCGUCGCCGACGCCGUCUGGGGCUCUGAAAGCAACUACGAGGCCGUCAAGGAGGGCGUGCGCGUCCGGUACCUGGAUCUGAAGCGGAGCUGCGACGGGCUCCUGGUCCUGGCGGCAGCAUGGCACCCUGCAGACAACCCGUGUCUCGUCUACUACUCUCUGGUAACAAUAGGAGAUGACGGCCCCCAAAUGCCAGAUGCGGUGACGGUCGAAGUCACUCAGUAUAACCCACCUUUCCAGUCGGAAGACUUGAUCGCGUGUCGGCUGAUGGUCCCCAGCUUUUCGUCGCAGACCGCCUACCUGUACACUGAAAGUGCCGUCUACGUGUGCUCCACGGGGACCGGGAAGUUUUCUCUGCCUCAGGAGAAGAUUGUCUUUGAUGCGCAAGGAGACAGUAUCUUGGGAGCUGGCUCGUGUGGCGGUCUUCCCGUCCUCUUCUCGAGAAACAGUGGGCUAGUGUCUAUCACUUCUCGGGAAAAUGCGUCCAUAUUGGCAGAAGACCUGGAAGAAUCUUUAGCGUCUUCAGUUGCUGGACCCAGCAAUGAGAGUGUGGUUUUCGAGACCUCUGUGAAGAAUGAGACCGUAGCCCAGGAAGAUAAAGCCAGGUUGCUCAAAGCUGCUUUUCUGCUCUAUUGCAGAAAAGACUUAUGUCACGCCCAGACGAUGGUCGAUGAACUGCUGUCCUCUCGUUCUGAUUCGGAUCCCGACUGCGAACUAGACAGAGCUGUGGCCCAGAUCAGCGUGGACCUGGUGGACGACUACCCGGCUUCCGACCCGCGCUGGGCCGAGUCCGUCCCCGAGGAAGCACCUGGGUUUAGCAACACAUCCCUGAUCAUUCUUCACCAGCUGGAAGACAAGAUGAAGGCCCAUUCCUUCCUCAUGGACUUCAUCCGCCAAGUCGGCCUGUUCGCGCGUCUGGGCACUCUGCCGGUGAGGGGGACGCCCAUGGCCACGCGGCUGCUGCUGUGCGAGCACGCGGAGAAGCUGUCGGCCGCCAUCGUCCUGAAGAACCACCAUUCGCGGCUGCCUGACCUGGUGAACACGGCGCUGCUGAUGGCUCUGAGCAGGAGGGACCAUGAGGUCCCCCCUAGCCUGACCCCUGCAGAUGUCUUCUUCAGAGAGGUGUCCCAGGUAGACACCAUCUGCGAGUGCCUGCUGGAGCACGAGGAGCAGGUGCUGAGGGGCACGGCGCUGGACGCGGCCGAGUGGGCCGAGGUGGUGGUCGACGUGAACAACAUCCUCAAGGACAUGCUGCAGGCUGCCAGUCAUUAUCGACAGAACAGACAGUCCUUGUACAGAAGGGAAGAACCUGGGGGGAAGGAGCCCGAGUACAUUCCGUGGACAGCAGCGAGUGGUCCUGCCAGCAUCCGAACAGCAAUAGUGCGCCAGCACGAGGUUGUCCUGAAGACGGUUUACCCCCAGGCGGACAGCAGCCUCCGGAACAUUCUGAUGGAGCAGCUGGUCGCCCUGAUCGAUUGCUUCCUGGAUGGUUACGUUUCUCAGCUGAAAUCUCUGGACAAAUCCAGUGAUCAGGACAGAUACGACAGCCUGGAAGUGGAGUACACGCAGAAGCGGCUGGAUCUCCUAUCCCCCCUCCUCACCCUAGGCCAGUACACGUGGGCUGCUUCGUUAGCAGAAAAAUACUGUGACUUUGAUAUCCUAGUCCAGAUGUGCGAGCAGACCAACAACCAGACGAGGCUGCAGCGCUACAUGACCCAGUUUGCUGAUCAGAAUUUUUCAGACUUCCUCUUCCGCUGGUAUCUGGAGAAGGGGAAGAGAGGCAAAUUGCUGUCACAGCCCAUUUCUCGGCACGGACAGCUGGCGAGUUUUCUGCAAGCUCACGAACAUCUCAGCUGGCUGCAUGAAAUCAACAGCCAGGAAUUGGAAAAGGCACAUGCAACGCUUCUGGGUUUGGCAAAUUCGGAAACACGUUACUUCGCAAAGAAGAAAACCCUCCUUGGAUUGAGUAAACUGGCCGCGUUAGCUUCGGACUUUCCAGAGCACGUGCUGCAGGAAAAAAUCGAAGAAAUGGCCGAGCAGGAGCGAUUUCUGCUGCACCAGGAGACGCUGCCCGAGCAGCUGCUGGCGGAGAGGCAGCUGAGUCUCAGUGCCAUGCCCGUGCUGACAGCACCGCAGCUCAUCAGCCUGUAUGUCUGCGAAGAAAACAGAAGAGCUAAUGAGUACGACUUCAAGAAAGCUCUGGACUUGCUGGAAUACAUCGACGAGGAGGAAGAUGUGGACAUAAAUGACCUGAAGCUGGAGGUCCUCUGCCGAGCUCUGCGGAGGGACAACUGGUCCAGCUCAGAUGGCAAAGAUGAUCCAAUUGAAGUAUCUAAAGACAGCAUAUUUGUGAAAAUAUUACAGAAGCUUUUGAAAGACGGCGUUCAGCUCCGCGAGUACCUGCCGGAGGUGGGAGACCUGCUCCAGGCGGACCAGCUGGGAAGCCUGAAGUCCAACCCCUACUUCGAGUUUGUUUUGAAAGCGAAUUACGAGUAUUAUGUCCAGGGACAAAUGUAACUUUUUCGAAAAAUGGCCCUCGUUCCUGAAAAUUUGCAUAAGCACGGCCUUAUGACGUUGCCGAGCGUUUCGCACUGCACCUGAAGCCGCUGCGGCCUGCGUGGCCGCUGUUGGUUUCCAGUCCGUGGUAUUUCCUCCUCCUCCCAUCUGAGCCACAUCGGUCGUUUCCGUCCUUGAUGCCCUCUUGCCCUCCCUCCGCCCAGGGCUCUGUAGUUCUCGCCCUGGUGCUGGCACAUGUCACUUCAGGGCUUCAGUUCCUGUGACUCAGUAAAUGAUGGAAUUGUGCUGGAUUCUCUCUGAACUUGCUGUGCCCGGGCAUUGUGCACUGAGCAGAACCUGAGCGUUUGGCGUCGAGUCUGGUUAAGGCUGUGGGACACGCUAGCAAGCUGGACGUCAGCCUUUGCUAAAUUACAGGAAUGAAAGACAAACAGGGCCUGAUCCACCUGAGCUUGGUUACUGGGUCAUUCGUCGGGGGAAUUUUAAACUUCUACAUAGCGGUAAGACUAUUAAUGGAAGUAUCUCAGUGAAUAAAACAUUUCUGUGGCUUUCUGA